AUGGAUUUCAACAGCUCGUCGCCUUUCCCGGAAGGCGUCAUAUCCUUUCUCGACACCGACUUGUACAAGUUGACGAUGCAAUGCGCCGUCUUCAAGUACUUCAAAGAUGUCCCCGUCACCUAUGCCUUUACCAAUCGCACUCCCGACAAGAAGCUGUCGAGAGCGGCUUUCAAAUGGCUGGAAGAACAAAUUCGAAAACUCGGAAACAUCUCGUUAUCUGCAGAGGAAUACAAGUUUCUCCAGACGCACUGCAAGUACUUAAACGACGACUAUCUGAAUUACCUGCGAGACUUCCAGCUGCGACCCAGAGAGCAAGUCGUAAUAACCUUCACAACCGUUGGCACGGACUCGGGUGCCGAUUCGGAUCUUGGCGAUAUUGAUAUCAAGAUUCGAGGGACAUGGUCGGACACCAUCUUGUAUGAGAUACCCAUUCUGGCUUUGACAUCCGAAGCAUACUUUCGCUUUAUGGAUACCGACUGGAACUACGAUGGCCAAGAAGACCUCGCCUUCGACAAGGGCAUGCGUCUUUUAGAAGCUGGCUGCAUAACCUCGGAGUUUGGCACUCGAAGGAGACGCGACUAUCAUACGCAGGCUCUGGUGUUCCGAGGCUUGGUCAAGGCGUCCAAAGCUGCUGCAGAGAAAGGCCUCCCCGGGAAGUUGUCAGGGACUUCCAACGUUCACUUGGCCAUGCGAUUCGGCAUUCCUCCUGUAGGAACCGUCGCGCACGAAUGGUUCAUGGGCACGGCGGCCAUAUUUGACGACUAUAAGAAAGCGACGGAACUGGCGUUGCGCCAUUGGGUGGGAUGCUUCGGUUCGAAUCUGGCAAUUGCCUUGACGGAUACAUUUGGUACACCCGAAUUCCUCAAUUCCUUCAGCCUCCCUGUACAGUCUGUGGACGGUGGUGCUGUAUCUGGAGAUGUCUUCAAGAACAGUGACGGAUCUACAAAGACCUACGCCGAGCUGUUCACGGGUGUCAGACAGGACUCUGGAGAUCCCGCAGAGUAUGCCAAGCUGAUGCGAAAGUACUACGACGAGCAAGGCGUCAAAGAGAAGAAAGUGAUUGUCUUUUCUGACUCGCUCAACAUUGAUCGCUGCUUGGAAUACAAAAAGGUUUCAGAGGAUCUUGGGUUUCAGCCAACAUUUGGUGUUGGCACAUUCCUCACCAAUGACUUUGUCCACUUGAAGACCGGAACCAAGUCCGUCCCUCUGAAUAUUGUUAUCAAACUUAGCUCGGCUGCAGGGCGACCAGCCAUCAAAAUUAGUGACAAUGCUGGUAAAAAUACCGGCGACAAGGAUCUAGUUGAACGGGUGAAGAAGGAGCUUGGAUAUGUGGAACAUGAAUGGAAAGACGGUGAUGAGACUUCACGAUGGGGUAAAGAAGAAAAAGCGCAAGGAUGA